AUGACGAGGAAGGAAGUGCAGUUCAGUCAGCUGACAGAACUGGAGUCCCAAUACUCCACCAGCAAAGCUGUGAUGUGCCAUGUCCAAGAGAGGAUAAAAGCACUGGAGACCGCCAUGCAGAUGGCCAGAGAAGUACGCCGCAGCCCCUUCCUGGAGAAGUACUGCACACUGGAUAAGGUUCUGGAGACUCUGCAGGCUCCUGUGGAUAAACAGUUGUUCGAUAUGAAAUGUGUCACUGUGGGCUCUGGAAUGAGCUGUAUUUUCCAGUCAGAGAGUCUGAACCGCAGUUUGGCAUUGUGUCUGAAGAUGGAAGUCAGCAAUGCAGAGCACCUGUCUGAGUCGUCACCUGUAGGCUACCAGCUGGACAGCUCCAACGGAAAGUCCCCUUGUAAAGGUGCAGAGGGCAAUAACAGCACAUACAUGUCAACCAGUCCCAACAAGCUCUGUACUCCACAAAAACAGGGCCGGAAAAGCCCAGGAACUAACAGUCCACCAUCCCGAGGCUCCUCUACAAGCCCAAGACCUUGUCGCAGGUCCAACCUUUCUGGCCACAGCUCAGCAUCAGACCUUUCAAGCCCGGAUGUAAUAAUUGAGGAGCUUUUAGAUGAGGAGCAAGGGCAAGCUCUGCCUCCCACUGGCCCUCAGCUGGCCAGUGACAAAUGGAGAAAGCAGAAGAGAAAAAAGAACCUGUUUCCUCGCUAUAAGAGAAGUGUCAGCCAGUGGGUGGUGGUAACCCACAUUGUGAAUCCAAGUCACUUUUAUGUCCGCUAUGUGGCCGAGAAGAGAGAAAUCGAGAACCUUUCUAAGAAAAUCCACCACUUCUGCGGCAUAGAUAGUUGUCGCUUCACUUCGAGGGACAUGGUGGAAAUUGGCUCUGUGAUCUUUGUGAAGUGGAAGGAUCUCUGGUGCCGGGCCAGUGUUGUUGAAGUCCUGCAGAAUGGCUGUACGGAGGCUGUAAGAACCUGCCCAGUCACCCAGCUUAAGGGGAUCCGAGUUUUUCUUCUUGACUCUGGGUUCACAAUCAGCAUCACCAUACCGAGAGAAGAGGAGGCCACUGAGACCUCACUGAAGGCUGUGGACAACCACCUGAGGAAAGUGGACGAGGCAGUGAAGUUGGAGCUGGGUUGCUUUGCUCCUCAGGCCAUAAGAUGUUCACUAAAAGACCUGGUCCCAUACGACCUGACGAGGGGCUGGAGUAAAGAAGCACAGGCUGAAUUCCGCAAUGUGGUUGGUUCUGCAGCAGUGGUUAUGCGGGCUUUGGGUCAAGACCGAGAUUCUUUGCUGGUGGACCUGAAGAAAGCUGCUAUGGACCAGUCCAGUGAUGUGCCCAUCUCUAUCAGACAGUACCUUGUUUUCAUUGAGGUGGCCAGGUUUUAUUCCCCUGUGACUCUGGGCAGGAGUCCUCUGUUGUACUACCCACCUGUCUAUCCCAAGAUCAACACGGAGCUCAAUGCUGUGGUUUCCCACAUAAACAGUCCUGGUGACUUCUACAUGCAGCUGGUUGAUAACAUGGAGUCCUUGUUGCUCUCAGCGAAGCUUCAGGAAUGCUACGAUGAAACAACAGUGGUCGAACAAGGCAAGCUCAACAUCUACUGCCCUGUGAUAGGACAGGCCUGUGUGGCUCGCUUUGACGACAAGUCGUGGUACAGAGCUCAGGUCAUAGGUCAUCCAGGGGAAAGAAAAGUGGAGGUCCAGUACGUUGACUUCGGAAAUAAAAGCAUCCUGUCAGUCAACGACUUGAGGAAGAUCAAAGAUGAGUUCUUUGCCCUUCCAGCCAUGGCAAUCCACUGCUGUUUGUCAGAUGUGAUUCCGGUGGAAGGAGAGGUGUGGAGUGAAGCCUGCACCAGCAGAUUCAUCAGCUUAGCUCACCAAAAACUGGUCACCAUUAUGGCUACAGAAUAUGUCACAAAGUCUGCACCUCUGCCUGUCAAACUGUUUGAGGGUGACCUGAACGGACCGCAAACCAACAUCGCUGAGCUGCUGAUCAAAGAGGAGCUGGCCUGCUUCAAAGAGGGUUUGAAGUCCAAGAAUGACAGUCCAUCCUGUGAUGAUAGUGCCAUAUGGGAUCCUCCACUUGAGCUUGGUUCAACCAUGGACGAGGCUUCUGCUCCGCAACAAAUAAUCCCUGGAGAGGAGAACGAUGAGCCGUUUCAACCUCAGCUGAAAUUUCCUGCUCAGCUCAAAGACCUGAAAGUUAAAGUCAGUCACGUCAACUCACCGAGCAGCUUCUACGUCCAGUUCGCCCAUAGCGACUUUAAGCUCAAAAGGAUAUGUGAACUGUUGAAGCAGGAGUGUGCACUAAUGGAACCCCAGGAUGUGGUGUGGAAGGCAGACAUGUACUGUGCUGCGCUAAUUAGUGGAGUUUGGGAGAGAGGACAGAUCUUGUCUGACGUCACAUCCAGCAACACUGCAGAGGUGAGACGAUGUGACUAUGGCAACGUGGUGAAGGUCCACGUCAGCGACCUGCGACCGCUGCCGUCCUCCUCUGUGGGAUCCCUGGCAGUCGAGUGCACUCUCAGCGACAUCAGGCCAGCAGGAGGCCGAUCUCGCUGGACUGAUACAGCCUGUGACAUAAUUGCCUACUAUCUGAGCGGAGCAUCGGCAACUGUGACCAUCAAGGAGUUGACAGAUGAGCGCCCACUGCCUGUCACUCUGUUCUGCUUCAACAGAAUGGGAAAGUUUAUCAGCAUUGCAGACUUUCUGGUCAGUGAGGGUCUCGCCCUCAGGGAAAGAAAACCAAGAGAUGCUGCUGUACAACAGCCUGUUGAAACUGAUUCGCAGUCUCCAUUGAGCAAGAUAAAAACUGAUGACGAGAAGAAAGAUACUCCCUCUGGUCCUGUUGUUUCUUUGCCUUCCCCAUCCUCACUUGUCUCAACUGCUGCUCCUCCAAAGCCAGCCCCUCGUACCAUUAUGUCUGCUGAGAAGGUGAAGACUUCAUUGUACCGACCACCAGAGCUGCCAGGUCUCGGUCACAUCCAGAUAACCGUUUCUGCUGUCGAUGAUGAUGGUGUCAUUUUUGUUCGGACAGAAAAUGCAGAGUGUCAGCUGGAGCAGCUAAGGGAGAGGAUUCAGCAGAGCAUGAAGACGCUGCCCAGACAGAAGCCGUACACCUGGAAGUCGGUCCUGGGCUGCGCUGUCAUUGGACCUGACAUGUUGUGGUACCGAGGACAGCUGCUGGAGGUGCUGGGAGGCCAUGUCAAGGUACAAUAUGUCGACUGUGGCCUGAUCGAGAACAUCCCAGUGGUCCAUGUGUACCCGUUGCUGCUGUGUGACGAUGUUCCUCAGCUCUGUAUUCCAUGUCAGCUGCACGGCAUCAACCCUGUUGGUGGUAAGUGGCAGCAGGAUGCAGUGGCCUUGCUGAGGGAGAUGUUGCUGAACCGCAGUGUGGAUAUGCAAGUUGUGGAGCUGCCGGACAGCCCGAGGGGGCCCAUCACAGUUGAACUCUUUCUGGAUGGUUUGAACCUCAGCAGGAUUGUGUGUCACCACGAACACGCCUCCAAGGACACGACUGUCUCAUCACAGAAGGAACUGAUGCCUCCUCCUCCUCCUCCCCUGCUGGAUGACUGGGAUAUCAACACUGAGGGUUUGAGGGGCCCGGAGGAACCGAUGCUGGGACCCUUCGUGGACCCAAGCAUGCCACAGGAAGGAGAACACUUUCAUGUCAGGGUCAAGCAUCUGUGGACUCCCAACGAGCUGUUCCUGUGGCCUUUGGAGGGAACAGCUGAUAUGGAGGUCAAUGGAGAGACUCUGGAGGAGGCUUUAAUCAGAAUCAAUGCAAACAUCAGCAGUCUGCCGCGACUCACCAACUUCCCUCGUGGUGGUCCGUGCCUGGCAGAGUACAGUGACGGCAAGUUCUACCGAGCCAGACUGUUGAAGUUCACCAGCGUGGAGCCGGUCACGAUCCUGGUCCAACACGUUGACUUUGGUUCUGAUGACACGCUGCCCACCAGCAAGCUGCGUCAGAUGCCGACUGAGCUGCUGCAGUUUCCAUCCCGGGCGUUAAAAGUCAAAGUCGCCGGCUUCAAGGCUCCGAGUGUCAACAGGCAGGAAGCCGUGCUGCCGUACAGCCCUGGAUGGAGCGUGAAGGCUGCCGUGCUCAUGAUCGACCUGCUGCACAACAACAUCACCGCCUCCGUUGUGGCCAAAGAGCCGGAGCUGACAGUGCUGCUGUACAAUGAGGAUGGAGAUCUGGUUCAUCUUCCUCUGGUGAGCAGUGGACUGGCUGAGCUCCAGUAGAGACGCCCUGCUGACCUUGAAUGUCGACUUCUGGACGUCACAUUUUGUGAACUUAAUUUCUUUAUUUGACUGCUGUUCUGAGUUUUUACUUGUUGCAGAAAAUUCACAUUAGUCUUUAUUUUAAUGUUGUUCCUGCAGAGAGGUCAUUUAUUUUGUUUGGCUGCUGUGUUUGACUCCUUUGAGACAGACCUUUCUGUAUGGAGAUUUAGAUUAAACGUCCAGUGCUGUUCAACUUUC